UCCUCCACGUGCUCCGGAUCCACCACGCGAGGUUCAGGUGAUCCCCCCUCGGGACCCACCACUCGCCGAUCCUCCACUACAGGCUCCACCUCUACCUGCUUCUCGAACGGUUCAAAUAACCGAGGAGGCACUCCAACGGAUGAUAACAGAAGUUUCUACUCGCGCCGCCACUGAUGCGGUGGCACAAUACAUCGCCACGAUGGCAGCAAACGCUCCCCCUGCGAUCCCAGCAAACGCUCCACCCGCGAUCCCAGCUAAUGCUCCACCCGCAAUGCCACCCAGGGUACAGCAACCAGCCCAUAACAAUGACGAUCGGAUAAGUGUAUCCUCAUCCACCUCAGAUCCAAGAUCCCGGAUGCAGCUAUCUACCAAUCACAGGGAGCCACAACCCAGACAACAACGCCACCAUUCACUCCAACGGGGUGAUGCAUCUCUACGAAGAGCUCAUAUCUUUAAUGAAGGGGAAGACGAGAUAAAUAGUAGAGUAUCUCGCCAAAACCAGUUCCCCAGAUUGAACAACCCUAUUGACGGAAGAGCGCCAGUCCCAACAAGGCGCAGUCCUUUCACCUUGAACAUCCUCAACGAGGUAUUGCCUCAAGGAGUUAAAGUAUCAGGCUUACCUCAAUUCGAAGGAACUACCGACCCGCAGGAACACAUAGAGAAGUUCCACGCUAUGGCAGAUUUAUAUGGCCCAACAGAUGCAGCAAUGUGCAAGAUGUUCCGCACCACUCUUUCCAAGAGAGCCAUGAAUUGGUUCAAUGCUUUGCCCACAGGAUCAAUUGACACUUUCGCUCAGUUAUCAUUGCGCUUCACCAACCAAUUCGCCAUCAAUAAGCAAUAUGCUAAAACUCCAGCACAUCUCUUCUCUAUUGUACAGAGAGACAAUGAAACACUCCGCAACUACAUCAGGCGUUUCGUAGAGGCUGUUCAUGAAGUUCCUAGUGUAGGACAAGAUAUGCUCUCAGGGAUUAUGCAACAAAACCUGAAGUCGGGUAGGUUCAAAGAAUCUAUCGCAGGAAGACCUCCUGGCAACUUAGAUGAGCUGUUAAAUCGAGCUGAAAAAUAUAUACGCAUAGAAGAAGCUUCUGCCAAUGCUCCUCCCAAGAGGAAGAGAGAAGAUGACCGCCCGGAUAUUAGGAGACGAGAUGAUCGACGUCUUCCACCCCCGCCUCAAGGCCAAUCAUCUUCAAAUUAUAAUCGAUUCACUCCACUCAAUACUCGCCUCACUGAAAUACUUCAUGUGAUUGAACAAAAAGGUCUGGCAGAGCCUCCACGCCCAAUGCAACCCAAUGCGAAACGAGAAAGAUCGGAUCGCUAUUGUCGAUUUCACAAAGAUAAAGGGCAUACGACCGAGGAAUGUGCGCAACUCAAAUUGGCGAUUGAGAGGUUGAUCAAGCAAGGCCACUUGAGCGAGUACAUUGAUAAGCCUCGAAAUAAGCGCCACGAUGAUCUUCCACGCCGAGAUAACAAUAGAGAUCAACAGCAACGACGAGAGGAGGGGGGUCAUCGGCGCGACCCAGAUAACAAUGAUAACCAACCCACCCGAGGAAUCAUCUCCUUUAUCUCCGGAGGACCGGCAGGUGGCGAUUCACAAAACGCGAGACGCACCCUCGCUCGAUCAGCACGUAUGAAUCAAGAACAUGCUUCUCCAUCCGCAUCCGUCUAUCAAAUACGAAGACCUGAUCAUGGCAUAGUCUUCAACUCCUCGGACCUUGAAGGACCAGAUGAAGAUCAUGUCGAUGCGUUAGUGAUAACAGCAACGGUGGCCAACUUCAUAGUUAAAAAGAUAUUAGUGGACGGUGGGAGCUCAGCCGACAUUAUGUAUCUCCACACAUUCAAGCAGCUAGGCAUAGAUAACGCCCGAUUCAACCCCAUCACUACACCACUGAAAGGAUUCACGGGAGAAGGUGUUUUAUCCAUGGGGGAACUAGAGUUACCUAUCUCCUUAGGGGAAAAUCCUUGUCGAGUAACGAAAAUGAUAAAAUUCCUUAUCGUCGACAAACCAUCCCCUUAUAACAUCAUCUUGGGAAGGCCAGCGAUCCAUACAUUCAAGUCUGUGCCUUCAUCUUACCACCAAAAGUGGAAAUUCCCCACUCCUUACGGGAUGGGAGAGGUACUUGGAGAUAGGCGCCUCGCUCGAGAAUGUUAUGCAAGAGCUCUACGUGAACCAUCUAAGAGACCUAAUCAUUUAGGGAAAGGAGACGACACCCCGAGACAAGAUAAGCGAAAAUGGGUCAACGCGGUCAUCGAAGCUGAUAAAGAAAUCCUAAUCAGUGUACCCGACGACACCACCAAGCUAGCCGCAGUUGAAGAACUAAAAUCAGUAGAACUCAUACCCGGAGAUAAUUCUAAGCUUCUCCGCAUCGGCUCUGAUCUAGAUCAAGAAGUGGAGAAUCAGCUAGUUAACUUCCUUAGACACAAUGGGGACGUUUUCGCUUGGAAAGCUCAAGAUCUGACGGGAAUUCCCUCCAAAGUAGCAUUGCAUCGACUAAACGUUGACAAAAGAUUGAAACCGGUCAAGCAACGUAAAAGGACUUUCGGUCCUGAGCGCAACAAACAUAUCAAAGAGGAAGUGGCAAAACUCUUAGAUGCAGGCCACAUUAGAUCGGUUCAGACAAGUUAGCUAAACUUGGAAGUUCCAUGGCAAGCAUUGGAAGCCGGAAAAUCACCCUUCUCACGUCUUCCCAACCAGAAAU